UGUACGAGUGCUCCAUGUAACAAAACAAGACAAAAAUACUGUCUUACAUAAUGGACCGAUCGAGUUCACGAAAUGAUUAAUAUAGGACGUGCCACAACUCAGGGUUGUCACCUUGUGCGAAUGAUUUCGUUCCUAGUGUGACUAUCCUUAAUGUACAACAGAACAUUCAACUCUACCAUCAGUAUGGAAACAUGGAUCACUUGGGUUAUAUUAACGGUACAUAUUCCGUAGGAAUGUCCACAUAGAUCGUGUUAAUUAACCACGAAGUAACCAAUAUAAUAAUUCCCUACCGACGUUUCUAUUCAAAUCAUGAAAAGGAUAAGCAGUCUACCCUUCAGUAGUUAAUGUACGGUCCAUCAGGAUUACAAUCAGCUAAGGACAGAUAUUGUAAACUUAACUACGUGAACUCAAUGUGCUUCAUUUCUAAGCAGUGAUAUUACUGUGAUAAAUGUGGUAAUUCUUCACGCUAUGUGCACACCGUCUAAUACAUCGCUACAUAGUUAGGUCGAGACACGAUAAAACAAGACUGGAAUUCCCUGAAAACCAAUCAUGUCAUAAUUCUGUGUAGAGAUAUAUAUGGAUCACAGUGUCGUGUCUUAUACACACUAUUGUGUCUUUUUGUAAUACACUACUGGCAUAGUCAGUAAUCAAAGUUCCUGUUGAGUUAUCCGGAAUGUCCAAAACAGAGGCGGCCAUUCGUGCUGUUGAGUGUUUUUCGUCAACGCCUCGUCUAAUCAAAAUCGCCUUUGUCCUUAUCAACCUUGCAUAUCUACUAUUCAUCGUCGGAUUCUCUACAAAUGGCUGGGUCUACACUUCUCGUACAGGCCAGAGUUCAAUUGGCAGACAAGGACUGUUCAACCAUUGCGCCGGUUCCGGUAUUUUCACGUGCUGCCAGAGUCUUAACUCAUACCUGAGCGAUCACAAAGUUGAUGGGGUACCAGCAUGGAUAGACUUUACGAGGGCGAUUUUAAGCUUUGGGAUAAUAUCGUCAUCAGUUGCCAUAGUAACGAUCUACAUAUGCUCUAUGGUGGACACCAAUACAGUGAGCAGAAUAAAAUUACUUUACCUCCAGCGCACCUGCUACAUCGCUUCAUACAUAUCUGGUGUGUUCCUACUGCUAGGUGCCACGGUUUAUGGGUCAAUGUUCGGGAAGGACGACUGGCACUCCGGAGCAUCCCUUCAUGGUUCCUACGGUAUUACUACGAUGGCCGGUAUUAUAUUUGUGAUAGCAGGAACCGCUACUUCUGCCACAAACCAACGCAAUAGAUCUACAGUUGACAAUCGGCCAGACGAGCAGGACAACUGCGGACCGUCCGAAACAACGAUACCCACCGCUCCUCCAGUUGAGCAGUGCUGUAUAUGCCUCGAUAACCAUGUGAACGCAGCUUUUAUACCGUGUGGACACGAGAGUUGUUGCUUAGAUUGUGCCAACACACUUCUUAACCGCCCAUGUCCGAUGUGUCGAGUGGAUAUCAGAAAUGUCUUAAGGACAUACAGGACAUGACGAAAUCCCUUAUCGAUAUACAACAUGUAUCUAUCGAAAGAUGGGUAUUUGAAAUACUUACACGUGCGAUGAUUCUUAACAUGUUUAAAAUUUACAUGUAACAAACAUUUUUCAAGAAAUAACACAAUACUGUACAUAG